AUGGUUGACGCAGAGCAAGCGCAACCCACACCAGAAGUAAUCUCCGGACCCGAUGAUAUGGCCUUUGUCGACGCGCCGCCCCGAGAGCGCCGCCUCAAGCGCGCAAACACAGCCCCACCACCAAAGAAACAGGAAAGCGGCGGAUUAAUGGGCCUUCUCGGUUCACUGCGCAAACCCAAUAAACCAGAGCGCCUGGAGCGGCCCGAGAUGCCAGAUCGCCGAAAGUCCCGUUCCUACCGCGACGAAGACCCCCGCUACCCUGCAGACCCCGAACGCGAAGCUGCACGCAGAGCACGUCGCGAGGAUCGCGAUCGUCGUCGCGGAUCAGUCCGUCCAGACACCGAUGCUGAAGGAUUUGUGACCGAUGCCCCGGGCCCAGGACCAGAAGCCGAAUUCGAAGACCGUGAAGCAAGACGCGCAGCACGCCAUUCGCGACAUGGCUCACGCAAAGCGCCCUCCGCAGCCGAAGUCCGAGACAUCGAAGCGCGCGAAACGGAGGAGCGACGCGCGCGCAGAAAGGAACGUGCUCGUGAGCAGCGCGCCCGCGAGGAAGAAGAAGAAGAUCGACUCCGUGAGGAAAAACGCGCUAGACGGGCUGCCCGUGAAGAGAGGCGCGCUCGGGAAGAGUUUGAGGCACGGGAAGCUGAGGCUGCAGCAGCAGCUGCCGCAGAAGCCGAAGCCGAGGCGGCGGAAGCAGCGGCGCAAGCGAGAGCCGCUGAGCGUCGUGAGCGGCGACGAAUGCGCGAUGAAGAAAUGAUGGCUGCGAAAAUGAGUCGUCGACGUGCGCGCGAAGAAGCAGAGGCCUACGAGGAGCGAGAGCGAGAUGAUCGACGGGCGAGAAGCAAUCGUGAAGAUCCUAAGGAUCGUGCUCGUCGUCGGAAAUCGAAGGUUCCUAUUGAGCCGGUACAUGAGCCAUACAUGACUGGCGCUAAUGGCAAAGACAAGAUUUCAUCAUGGGUUUAUUCGCAGGCUGAUGAGCCUCCUGAGCCGCCUCCGAUUAUGCCUACUGUCAUUGACAUGCCUCCUCCUGCUGAGGGGAAUGGGAAUGCGCACUCUCUUUCGUCGGAUGAGGAAGCAAGACGAGCGGCGAGACGCAAGGCUAGACGGCGCGCGAAGUAUCCUGAGGAAGAGGAAGAUGCGAGAUCUCGACGCAGGGGCUCACGUCGAGAAGGUGUGAAGAGUAGCUCUGGGAGUGGUGAUUAUGAGCGUGAUCGAGCGAGGUCUCGGCCUGGGAGUCGUCAGGAGGCACCAAGUUCGGCGAAGAAGCCGAGUUGGUUCCGCAAAUUGACGAACCUCUAA